GUGCAAAAUAAGAAGCACUUCUGUUGCUCUUCUUCUGUGAUUAUUCGAAAAACUCUAACGAAAGAGCGAGAAAGAAAGCGAAGAGAGCAAUUGCAAUGGCGUCGUUUGUUCAAUCUAUUCUGGAUCCAAAGAAGAACUGGUUCGCCGCUCAGCACAUGAAAUCCCUCGUCAAACGCCUCAGCAAAUACGGGCUCCGAUACGACGAUUUGUACGAUCCUUACUACGAUCUGGAUGUGAAGGAGGCGCUGAAUCGGCUCCCGAAGGAGGUGGUGGACGCCCGCCACGCUCGUCUCAAACGCGCCAUCGACCUUUCCAUGAAGCACGAGUACCUCCCUGACGAUCUUCAGGUUUUUGUUCUUCUUAUUUUUCGUCUAUUUUAUUAUUAUUGCUGUUGAGCUUAGUUUCGAGGU